GUCAGGGGCAGGAGUUGGUGUGCCAUCUGGGGUGUGUUUCAAUCAGACUCAGUGCGAGAGAAUUUGUGGGAGUUGCACAAGCGGAUCCGUGUGCGUGGAAUUCUAACGACCCAACAAGCAGAUCUUGGUUGCAGACAUGGCUGCACGAGCCGCCUGCCUUGUACUUCUCUGCCUGCCUGUGAUGCUUCAUGGUCAGUUUGAUGAUCUGCCGGAACCUCCCCUGUACCCUCUACAGCCACAGUAUGGACAAUAUGACAGCCUUACAGGUGGCGAAGAAUAUAAUCCAGAUUUUGAUUAUACUGUUGCAAAUUUUGAAACAGAACCGACAGAGCCUGGCCCCCUUGAUUGCAGAGAGGAGCAAUAUCCAUGCACCAGACUCUAUUCCGUACACAGACCUUGCAAACAAUGCCUCAAGAGCCUUUGCUUUUACAGCCUUCGCAGGAUCUAUGUGGUUAACAAGGAAGUCUGUGUCCGCACGGUCUGCGCCCAUGAGGAGCUACUGAGAGCUGACCUGUGCCGAGACAAAUAUUCCAAGUGUGGGGUCAUGGCCAACAGUGGACUGUGUGGUCAGAUGGCUUCAUCAUGUGACAAGAGCUGUGGCUCCUGCUGAAAAGGAUAAACAAACCGAGAACGGGCCACGCGUGGAGCCUUGGUCCAGGAGAUAAAGGCAUCUCCAUAUAUAUCAAUAAUAUUACAUUAAGUAAUUUAGAGGGAUCAUUUUCAUAUUUCUGUAACUCUGAUGGUGCUGGGGUAUUUUUCAUAUUAUCCUCAAGAUAACAUCCAUUCUUCAUGGUGCACAUUACGUUAUAGUUAUUUCUGUUUGGGGAAGGGACCACAUUGAUGCAGGUUACACAUAAAGCCUCGAGAAUUCAGUCAUUCCAGUUUUUCACCCUGUGGCCAUGGCAAGUCAUGAACCAAACUCUUGUUGGUGCAUGGUGCUCGCCUGCGAGAAGAUUAGGGGACAGAGAGUCCCUCACACAGAAUUUACUCUCUGUCUCCUAUCUCUCUUCACAUUGAGAUUUUAUAGGUUUCAUUCCUAUUAGCUAUUGCUGAUCUGCCUUUCAUACUUUGUGGCUGUCCAGAGUUACAGAAGUUUUGUUUUGACUUUUGUGAAAAACAAACUAGAAAGUGUAAGAUGUCUGCAGUUGGCAAUGAAGCAAGUGGCAAAACCCACCCUGUAGCUGGAUUCCGAAGGCAGCCUGAGUGACUCAUAGAGCAGCAAUCAAACUCUGAGUGAGUCACUCCUGACACGCUUCACCUUCGGAGGGGCAAUUUGAACUUCAUUCUGUUCCUGAACUCUCGGCUGAUCGCACACCACCCAUACUGUCAGGUCAAAGUCAGGAACCAGUGUGUGUGAACACAUCCCAAAUUGACUUAAACUCAGUCUCUACUGAUCUCAUGUAGCAGUUGGGUGGAAGAGUUGACAUAAAAGCGAUGUGUGAGAUUGAUAAACAAGUUCUUUUUAGAUCCCUGUGUCAAAAUUUUAAAUGGUGUCUUGUUUUAAAAUAAGAAAUGGCAAAACAUAGUAUGAAUGGGUUAUGCAGUUUCUGCUGCUUUUCAGGCAAUUUCUAGAACUUUCUGAUUAUCCCCCACCCCAGGUGCUAGUUAACCUCCUCCAGCUCAUCCUUGCACUGAAUGGAGCAUGAAGUUUCCUUGCGUAGUCUGGCUACCAUUAGUGACUCAUUUCCCUGCCCUUGCACAUACCAUUCUGUGUUUUAAAAAAGUUAUCAUAAUUAGUGUAGAUAAAUACUGUGUCAUUGUCAGUGGUGCAUACAUUGGGGUGGGGCCACUCAUUCUUUGAGCUACUAUGGUCACCACAUCAAGAAUUAGGCCAUUGGCACAGAACUGUAAGCUUUUCCUAUAGAGUCACAACAAGUUCCAGAGAAUAUGGCUGAGAAUGCGAAGGAAGGCUGUAACACAGACCCAACCUUUAAAAUCAAUCUCUUUAUGAAGACACAAUGAAGGCUGGAAAUGGAACAGACCAUUUGGUCUAUCGAGCCCCCUUCAGUCCAUCGGGGCCAUUUCUUCCAGAGAACCUGAAGAAUCUGUGCUAUCAAUGACCCAACCCUGUCCACUUAACAUUUCACACUCCAUGUAUAACUUACGUCUUUGUUAACUCACCCCACUCUCUUGGCCUUCUGAGGAUAAAUUCUGUGUAUAUACUCCCAGACAAAACACUAAAAUAUCUAUCCAACAUCAUGUCCACAUCUUCACACUGGUCUCCUGCCUCUAAAUCCAUUGAAAUAAACUGAUAAUCUCAAUCUGUGCAUAUCCCUAUUACAUGUAGCCCCAUUGAAUUAGGUAUUUAUUAGACCCCAUGUUUGAAUGGUGACAGCUCCAAUAUUCAUUUCAUUGGAAAGGAGAGGAUUAGGGAUGAAGAUAUAUUGUUAAGUAAUGCAAAAUUUGUGUUGUCAGUAAGUGUAAUUGGCACAUUCUCCAUGUCACAAUAGACAGUGCUGCUAUGUGUAACAGCUCUAAAACCACCUCCCCCCCAAAAAAACAUGUCUGGGUAUUAAGAGGCAUAUUAUGUGCAUCUUAAGAUAAGUAUUUGAGAGACAAUGUGCUCUAAAGGGUUCAAUGGAUGUUCACAUGCAACUUUGCGCUUAUGUCUAUGCAAUUAUUAGAAUUCAAUUGGAUUCCCACUCAUACUAACAGUCACUAAGCAACCUUGUGGUACACCCCUGGGCAUACACCCAGACUUGUAGCACACUCCCUGAGAUUAACACAACUGGACUCACUCCUGCUAUAUUUUUUUUUCAACCUUUGCUAUUACUGCACAAACUUAUUACAUCGUCCUGUGUAGCUGUGUUUCAGACACAUUAAUCCUUUUCUGGUUUAAAUGGUGCGAUUUCAAUUCAGGGAUUUAUAUCUGUCAUACUUACAGCUUGGACAUGAGUCUGCAAUAUGAGCAAUGGAAUGCUUCACAUACUUAUUUGAUCUACAUUUGUUUGUCAAUCAGCAAAACAGUUUCAAAUGUAUCUGUUAAGCAUUUAUAUAUUAAUAUGAAAUGUUUCUGUUCCAAAA